AUGGAACUGGUAUUGUACAAGUGCAUGAUUGUUCUUGGAGAUGCAUUAUUGCUCUCUCUUCCAUGCUAUGAUCUUUAUCUUCUGGGUUCAGCUCCUCUGUUGGCUAGGGAUUAUCAUGACGUGCUUGGUGUAAGCAAGAAUGCUACUGCCUCUGAAAUAAAGAAAGCUUAUUUCGAGCUAGCGAAAAAGAUUCAUCCGGAUGUAAAUAAAGAUGAUCCCAAUGCUGCGAAGAAAUUUCGACAAGUUUACGAGGCUUAUGAGGCUUUAAAAGAUGGGAACGCGCCUCCAGAGUAUGGGAACGCGCCUCCAGAAUAUUAUCAGGGAAAAUUAACACCGUUGACGGUCCAGACACCUAAAUGGAUAACGUGCUUCACUGCCAAACUUGGCAAUCCUAUUAGAAAUCACACUCAUCAAUUGGAUAACGCUAGAAACAGCUUGGGUUUUGGACUUUUUAACCUGAACUUGGGUGCAACACGGUCGGUUCAUGGAACUGCUCCUCUGUUGGCUAGGGAUUAUCAUGACGGGAAUUCAUGCAAUGGAUCUAGAUUAGUGAAAGGACAAAAAACAAUCAAAUUGGACGUAAUGCCAGGUGUGGAUAACAAUGAAACAUUGAAGGUUUAUGGAAGUGGUGGAGCUGAUCCCGAUGGAACUCAUCCCGGGGAUCUUUAUGUAAUCAUUAAGGUCCGGCAAGACCCAGUUUUUCGUAGAGAAGGUGCCAAUAUUCAAGUAGAUGCUGUUUUGAAUGUCGCUCAGGCAAUCUUGGGAGGAACCAUCCAGGUCCCAACACUUACUGGUGGUGUUGUGCUUAAGGUUCGCCCUGGCACUCAACCUGGCCAGAAGGCGGUUUUGAAGAAUAAAGGAAUUAAAACAAGGAACUCGUACUCAUUUGGUGAUCAAUAUGUGCACUUCAAUGUUAGCAUUCCAAAGAAUCUGACCCCAAGACAACGCGAAUUAAUCGAAGAGUUUUCGAGAGAAGAGCAAGGCGAAGAUGUCAAGCGUGCCGCUGGAGCAUCUGGCUGAAGAAGAAGAGGACCACAAUGACCAACAGUCGUUUCUAUUUUGCUGGGUUUGGCACAAA